GUGGCCGCCCGCCCCAAAGGCUGCCGGGAAACGGGCCGAGCCGCCAUGCUCCCGGCCGGGACCCGCUGGGGGUCGGGGUCGGGGGCUCGAGGGGCGGGUCUGCCCUUCGACGCCGACGCCCUGCUGGCCCCUUUCUUGCCCGCCCCUUCCCGCUUGGCCCUGCGUCUCCCCGGCCGCCUUCCCGCCCCCUGGGCGCCGCCCUCUUUGGCGUCGUCGUCCCUCCCGCCAUCGCCUCAGGACGGCUGGUCCCGCCGCAGGGGGCGCUGGGAGGCCUGGCAGGACGGGGGGGCGACGGCGGAAGGCCCGAAGGACCGGCCCGACCCCCCUCCGGACCCCCCUCCGGACCCCCAUCAGGACCCCCAUCCGGACCCCCAACCCCCAGCGGGACCCCCAGCCAUGGCUGUGAAAGACCCCACAGCUGUGGAGAGAGCAAACCUGUUGAACAUGGCAAAACUGAGUAUCAAAGGACUGAUCGAAUCAGCCUUGAGCUUUGGCCGCACCUUAGAUUCGGAUUACCCCCCCUUGCAGCAAUUCUUUGUUGUCAUGGAACAUUGCCUGAAACACGGUCUCAAAGUAAGAAAAUCUUUUUUGAGUUACAACAAAACAAUCUGGGGCCCCCUAGAGCUGGUGGAGAAGCUAUAUCCAGAAGCAGAGGAGAUAGCAGCCAGUGUCAGGGAUCUGCCUGGCCUUAAGACACCGCUAGGUCGGGCCAGAGCAUGGUUACGAUUGGCACUCAUGCAAAAGAAAAUGGCUGAUUACCUGCGCUGCUUAAUUAUCCAAAGAGACUUACUGAGUGAAUUCUAUGAGUAUCACGCACUCAUGAUGGAGGAGGAAGGAGCGGUUAUUGUUGGGUUAUUGGUGGGCCUGAACGUGAUAGACGCUAACCUCUGUGUGAAGGGAGAAGAUUUGGAUUCACAGGUUGGAGUGAUCGAUUUCUCUUUGUACUUAAAAAAUGAAGAGGACAUUGGAAAUAAAGAGAGAAACGUCCAGAUUGCUGCCAUUUUAGAUCAAAAGAAUUAUGUUGAAGAACUAAACAGACAACUAAACAGCACAGUCAGCAGCCUUCAUGCAAGAGUUGAUUCAUUAGAAAAAUCAAACACUAAACUGAUCGAAGAGUUAGCAAUAGCCAAGAACAAUAUCAUUAAAUUACAAGAAGAAAAUCAUCAAUUAAGAAGUGAAAAUAAACUCAUUUUAAUGAAAACACAACAGCACCUGGAGGUUACAAAAGUGGAUGUGGAAGCUGAGCUGCAGACAUAUAAACAAUCCCGCCAGGGUCUGGAUGAAAUGUACAAUGACGCUCGUAGACAGCUCCGAGAAGAAUCUCAGCUUCGACAGGAUGUGGAGAAUGAAUUAAUGGUGCAAGUUAGUAUGAAGCAUGAGAUAGAACUCGCCAUGAAAUUGCUGGAAAAAGACAUCCAUGAGAAACAAGAUACCCUUAUAGGCCUUCGACAGCAGUUGGAAGAAGUUAAAGCUAUUAAUAUAGAAAUGUAUCAAAAGCUACAGGGUUCUGAAGAUGGCCUGAAAGAAAAGAAUGAAAUAAUUGGCCGACUGGAAGAUAAAACCAAUCAAAUUACCGCUGCUAUGAAACAACUGGAGCAAAGAUUGCAGCAAGCAGAGAAGGCUCAAAUGGAAGCCGAGAAUGAGGAUGAGAAACUUCAGCAAGAAUGUCUGAGUAAAUCUGACACCCUGCAGAAACAAAUCUCCCAAAAGGAGAAGCAACUGGCUCGGCUGGAAACAGAUCUGAAGAUUGAAAAGGAAUGGAGACACACCCUGCAGGACAGUCUCCAAAAGGAGAAAGAUGCCUUAUCUCAUCUCAGAAAUGAAACCCAGCAAAUCAUUAGUCUUAAAAAAGAAUUCCUUAGUCUACAAGAUGAAAACCAUGAGCUGAAAAAAACAUGUCAUGACCAAGAAAAAGCCCUUCAAGAAGUAGCCAGCAAGCUUAGCGAAUCAAAGCUUAAAAUAGAAGAUAUCAAAGAAGCCAACAAAGCCUUACAGGGCCAAGUUUGGUUGAAAGAUGAAGAAGCCACCCACUGCAAAUUGUGUGAAAAAGAGUUCUCACUUUCCAAGAGAAAGCAUCAUUGUAGAAACUGUGGAGAAAUUUUCUGUAACGCCUGUUCAGACAACGAAUUGCCUCUGCCUUCGUCACCGAAGCCCGUGCGAGUCUGCGACUCCUGUCACGCGUUGCUGAUUCAGAGGUGCUCAUCUAACCUGCCCUGACGCUGCUGUACUUAGGAAUUGUGGCUAUUUAAAUCUGUGUAUAUAGGUGUACAGAUCGAUAGAAAUUGGUGUACAAUCAUUCAGUUGUUCAUCCUUUGCUGAUGUACUUCUAAAAUUGAUGCCGUUUGGAGAACGAUAGUUCAAGGUCCUUCAGUCAGGACUGUGAUAUUUUCAUCUCCUACUCGCUUCUCCUCCUACCCGCAGAGGACAGGCUUUGAUCUGAACGGAGAAUUCUGACAGCCUACGGUUGCAAGCGAAAAAAGACGGGCAGAGGAAGGGGGAGAAAGGAGAAAUGUGUAUGAAGACAGGAAAGUAGAAAACAGACAAAUAAAGCCCCAUGGUUAGAACCCCAGCCGUGCAGUAGUAAGGUUAAACUAUUCAGACAUCCUCCUUUUGUAAAUUGACUCUUCAGUAAUUCAAACAGAACCCUACCCUCUAAGUCCAAAUUAUUGACGUUUAGUCAAUGUCGAGUCUGAAUGUAGCUUUUAGGUCAAAUGCCACUCAUUGUCCAGUAAUUGUCUGUUUUCAACAAGCCAUGGGAAGUUAUAAGUUAACUGAGGAUCAUUUCCUGUGUCCUUCUCAAACACUGCCUUGCUUACUGUGAAUGCAAUUGAACUUAAUUCUUCAAAAAGAAACCUCAUAGGGUAACUAAAGUCCUAAAAAUAACUCAAACCCAGAUAAACAUUGUGAAUAGCAAAAACUGUUCUGCUUUUUCAUAUUAGCUAUUCUAUUAGGCUUCACCCUUGGUUCUAUUUACCACUACAUCCUAUUGCACUUUACCAUGGUUAGUUGUAGUUCAUAAAUAAGGCUUGCCUGAGAAGGAAUCAGCGCUGCUAAUUUUUUGAUGGUGCAAUUCCAUUAUGCACUUUAGAGCAAAGAGUUAAAUCUUCAUUUAAAAGAAACAGAUGUUCGUGCACCAAACCAACGCUCGACUCAUUUUCUAAGAGGUUUCAAGUUUCUGCCACAUACAGAUUUGUUUCACGCUUGCUGCGUGUUGCAGCUACUUGAUAGAACAGUACAUUCUUUUGGUUAUUGCUGCUCUUAAUAUGUAAAGAGAAAACUCUAUAAACUCCUAGCAUUGGAGGUGCUCUUAUACUGGAGCCUACUUUACUUUGGAAUGUAUGCAUAAACCAAGGCUAAAAUAAAGCCUUUUAAAUGAUCAGUUAACCUGUACUAAGCUAGAAAAUAUUUGAGCCAAUUAGGGAAGAACUCAUGUACGUUGCAUGAAUUUCCAAAUUCACGAUAAGAAUCUCUCACAACGGCCGUUUAGUUUUUCUUUCAAGCUGCAAGAUGAAAUGGUCUUCAUUUUUUUCUUAGUAUUGUCAACACUAAUGCCAGAUCUAAUCACACUUAGAUUUGGCAUCCUGUUCUUUGUACUUAAGACUGUGAGCCCCGUGUGGGACCUGAUUAUCUACCACAGUGCUUGGCACAUAGUCUAAGUGCUUAACAAAUACAAUUAUUAUUACUACUUGAUACGAAACCACUUCCCAGCCAUUUGCCAAUUCACUUAAUAUCAUCAAGCCAGGUGGUGAUGAACUUUAUUUUAAACGAAAAGUUUAUAUAGCACUUCAGGUAGCAUUUUAGUCUCUCAAGGCACAUUUUAACCUUGUACUUAUUCUGGAGUAUCUCAACUUGAAGCUCUGAUUUGCCAAAGUAUCGGGCUUGCCAAGUUCUUUAUCGCCAUGUGCAGUAUGUUAGUUCUGAUUUGCCAAAAAGCGCUGGCCUGGAAAGUUUUUUAUCUCUCCAUUCAGGGUGUUUCAACUCCCUCAGGAGCCAGUCACAGGGAUUUAGUUAACGAAGAGGAAAAGCGGAUCAGUCAGCGAUCGGCGAGUGCUUACCGAAUGCAGAGGCAGGUGCUGAGCGCUUGGGAGAACACCGUAGAGGAGGUAGGCGUAAUCCCCUGUCCUCAACAAAUUUACAGUCUAGUCGGGGGAGGCGGACGUUAAAAUAAAUGAGUUGCAGGGGAGAAAGAAACUAAAGUGAAGCUACAUACCUUUACAGAAGGUAACUACUAUUCAGCCACUUGGGGCACAGCUGUCUCCUUCAUGGAGUGGUGAGCUCCAAACCACCAUCCCACACUAGAAGAAAGGGGUGCGGGAGUAGGCUUACCAUUCGAUUGCGUGCUUAGUACGAGAGUCGAUAGAAACGUUGCCUCUAGCUUACUGUCUAGAGGGUAAGUGUUAAAUUCAUUAUGGAUACGUACGUCCUGGGUGCUGAGGGGCUGAUGGAGGGGGUGAAUAAAGGAUGCAAAUCCAAGCGCAAGGGUGACGCAGAAGGGAGUGGGACAAGAGUCGGCUCCCCUGUGUCCAAUUCCGCCUCCAUUAGAGUCUGGAUGGCUACACAACCCAGCUCAACCCAAACCGGAACUUUCUAGUCUGCCUUGAGGGUGGCUGGCAACACAAUUGUUAACUAGAGUGGUCUAAAUGUUAGAUUUUUGGCUUAAAGCAGGGAAGACUCCCUGCGCCCCCCUACCCCUGUCCCCAAAGGUUCUGUCACCCACAUUUUUAAAAUACCUGCAUCAAUCUCCUUUAAAUAUAAAGUCAGAGAGGAAAGAGGUAGGCCUGUGUCCAGAAGUGGACAAGGACCCAUAAAAGAGGGUGGGUUCAAUUGAAGAAUCCACUAUCGGGACUCGUUGAGGAAUUCUGGCCGAGAGGUAAAUAUUUGUGCUGUGCUGGCAGAAAGUCAUUAGGACAAGAUGGAAUAGCUUCCUUAUUUCACUAAGUUGAUACUACUCAUGCCUCCCAUAUGACGUUGGGCUGGAUUGUUUUAAGACACGGAUUAGUUGGGUCGAAUAAAUACAUUUGUACAUUUAGCCAUCUCAUCCGAAUCGUGUGCCUUCUUGCAACAAUGCAGUUAACACUAAUUCCUGAAUCGUUUUGACCUGUGCUUAAAAUUAUGCAUCUCAUUGCAAUUCCCAGCACUCUGAAGUGCCAUUAUGCACCCUAUACUGUAGUAUUGAUUGAUCGAUAUAUACCCAGUUGUAUGGCCCAAGUCAUUGCAUUUUGAAUUUUUACAACUUUUUCUUCAAAACUGAUCAUUGCACUUGUGACGUGUCUACUUUUUUGAAAUGCAAAAGUGUAUAGUAUUUGUUUUUUAUUUACUUUAAAAACCAUCCCCCAUACUAAGGAGCACCACUGAGUCAUUAACAAGAUGCCAAGAACUCCUGAAAUGGUUAAGGAAUACUAACUUUGUAACAUUUUUAAGAGGUGGAUUUUUGUAAAAGCAAAUAAAGAUAUACUGCCAUA